AUGUCGGGUCCAGCGCCAGCGACCGCAGCUCUAGCGGCUGCUUGCUCGGUCGUCUGCGCCUGCAUUAGCGUCUACUACACCCACGCAGCUGCACAGCAACCUGCUACCACAUCGUCGCCAGCAAAGAACAACGCGCAAGUGCCAACGCUCGCCAAGAAGAAGCACGUUGUCCGGUUGGCCACCCUGGCAGCCGCCGACGUGCCCCAAGUGCUGCGCCCGAGCUUCUACUUUACCGAGAUCGCUCAGUUCACGCAUCGCGCCAUUUUCGACAAUGCACCGAGCGUCUUUAACGUGCUUGACAAGCUGCAGGCCUACAUCACAUCGUGGCUGGCCUCGCAGACGCUCGAGCGCCCGACGUCGAUCAUGCCGUGCACCGGCGCUGAUGAUGCCACGGUCCAUGUCAGCACGGAGAAUACUGCGGUGCUGCAGCACUGCUCGAUCUUCAACUACAGCAGCCAUCCUGAUCGGCAGCUCGUUCUGGAGAGCGGGGUCCGCGUCAUGGGUGGCGUUUUUGAUGUCUCCGAGGGGUCGAUCUUUGUCGGCGCCAACACCGUCAUCGAGCCCCACGUGUACAUCAAAGGCCCCGCCAUCAUUGGCGAAGGCUGCACGCUGCGUCAUGGCGCGUACUUGCGCGGUGACGUGCUCAUUGGCGACCACGUCGUGCUGCGCUGCGAGGUCAAGCACGCACUCAUCAUGGAUCGCGCUGAGCUCUGCCACCCUGGCUACUGCGGGGACAGUCUCUGCGGCUACAAGAGCCAUUUCGCCAACCAAGUGUCAACGGCCAACUUGACGCUCCUGGCGCCAUCGGCGGGUACCGGCGUGUGCAUCGACGUCGACGGCGUCACAUACGACACGGGACGUCGCAAGAUCGGCGUCGUCCUUGGCGAUCGCAGCCAGCUCGGCUGCAAUGCCGCGACCGAUCCGUGCACGCUCUUGGGUCCCAAUACAAGUGUCUACGCGCUCACGCGGCUCAACAAGGGGGUGUAUGGCCCCAACGAACUAAUCAAGACAAGCCCAUGGAGAACGGCGUCAUUGAGAUAG